AUGACGACGGUGAUUGGUCUGCCUGCUCCCGGGGGCGUGCCUGUUCCGGGUGGUAUAUCCGAUGAUGACCUGGCUGAUUCACCCCGAAAAAACGAACAUCGAAGUGCUAGCCCGGCAAAGCGUCGUCGGGGUCGAGCCCUGGAGCGAGAUCAGGCCAGGGAGGACAAGGAUCCUGACGGGGACGGACAGAUCCAGGUGGGUGUAUCGACGCUGCAGAUGAUGUUAGCCCAACAAAGUGCCAAUCUACUUGAAGCACAAAGUGCAAAUUUGACUCGGGCCUUGGGAGAGUUGGAGGCCAAGCAGAACAAGCGAAUUGAAGGAUUGGAAACCAAAAUCGACCAAGGUGUGGCUCAGACUCAGACACUGCAGGGUGAACUCCGUCAGGCCCUGGAGAGAAUCAAAGCCUUGGAAGACAGGCCUGGUGGGCUUGGCAAGGGGGAUGGAUCAUCAGGGAGGCGGACUUCCCUCGUCUUCGGUGGGUGGUGCGAUGGCACGCGCAAGCACGUGAUCCUGCACCAGCUCCAGGAGUCCUUGAAGUACCUCGCGGUGGACCAUCUUCUGGACUCGGAUCCUUUCUGCACGGGCCCACGUCGAGCAGUGGCUCUCUCUAACUUUGUUGUCCGAGGCGGGGAGAACCAGGGAGACCUUCGCAAACGCAUGCUGGACAUCGUGCAGGAGGUCAACCGAGCUAAGUUGACUUUGCAGGGGGGGAAGCGCCCGCUCUGGGCAUCGAUCUCCAAAACUCCUGAGGAGCGUGGCAGAGCGGCCUUGGCUGGGGUCACCAAGAAGUUGGUUAUGAACCACCGCCCAGGCCUUGUGUCAGAGUUGGACCUCGACUAUGCUCAAGGAGCUGCGUGGAUUGGGGAGUACCCGGUUGCAGGUAUGGGGGUCCCCCCAGAGGGGACCAAAGCCACGGAGAUUGAGACUCGAGGGGGGCAAGCCUGGUUGGAUGAGGGUACCAUUGCGAAGCAAUUGAAGCUCAGCCUUCAGACCGUUGAGGACGAGGUCAAAGGACACCGAUGGAAUGUGGGCGGCGGGGAUCUUGAUGAUUUACCCAGGGUGGUUGCUGAAGCGACCCAUUGCGAUCUCCAAAUGGAUGAUUUGGUGUUGCUCCAGGAAUUGCCUCGCGAGCCGGUGGGUUGGAAGUCCAAGGAUUUCGGACCGUGGAAAAUGAUUGCUCACAGGGAUGCUUCUCAGUGGCGAGGGAAUGGGAUUGUGUAUCACUCUGACGCUUGGAAGGUUCUCAGGAAGAUCAAGACGGAGAAAGGAGUCUGGAUUAGACUCCAGCACUGCCGAAAAGGCAGCCAGCUUUGGGCAGGGUCGAUCUAUCUUAAGCCAGAGCUAACACAGGAUCAACAUGCCGUUGCUCUUCAGGACUUCCUCCGAGCAUUGCCAGCGACACAGCUUCCAGUGGUUCUGUCAGGAGACUCUAACUCGGCUAUCGCGUGGUCUGAAGAUCAAGAAGGCUCGCACACGGCUGUUGGCAAGAAUGGCAAGACCCUUGGUUUGCUUCAUUCGCUUGCUUCUCGGAGUCUUCAGGUUGUUGCACCGGUGGAGCCACAGCUAGAAUGUCCCACAACCUGCCCCAGGCAGGCAGACAGGGCAGGCCGUCAGAUUGAUUUUCUUGCCGUGACCCGAUGUCUCAGCAGUCGUGUCUCCAUCCUCACCGGAUCCCAUGAUGUACUUGGUACAGACCAUGACAUGCUGGUGGUCUUGGUAACGAUGAAAGGGGGGCGUGUCCCACGGAAGACUGAUACGAGACCUCGAGUUCUUACACGAAGUUUACCGAAAAUCGAGAAGCUAGACCAGACAGUGAUCUCCAAUCUGGCUCAGAGUCACACGGCACCGAAGACUGGCACAAGCUACUCUGAUCCGGAGGACGUCAAGGCCCUUUUCAGAAUCGCUCGGUUUGGUAGGAAUAGGGAUGAGUGGAAAGCAGCAUUCCAGGCCAGGAGAAAAGCACGGGGGGCGUGGCAACAGGAGCAGCUUCGGAAAGCGGCGGCAGGAGACUGGGGUGCCUUCCGACGGGUCCGAAAGAAACCGAAGGGUGAAUGGGAGCACGUCUUUGCGGAUGCCAACUCCGACCCCCACCGGUGUAUCCAUGAUCACCUUCAAAACAUUUAUCGGUCUGAUGAGUGCGUGGAAGUGUGUGAGCCGGUGCUCCCCUUCCAGCCGGUCCAGCUUGAGGAACUCCAAACCGCUGUUAGGCUUGGUAAACGUGGGGUCAGUGUGUGCCACGAUGGCACCUCGCAAGAGCUCAUUCAGGGGAUUAUGGUGGCUGAGGGUGGAGCGGAGGCGCUCCGCCAGUGGUUCUCGGAGAUUUUGCGUACGGGCAACCUCCCGGAGGAUUGGUAUCGAUCCCUGAUGGUUGUGCUCCCCAAAACGUCUCACCCGGUGUUGCCGAAGGAACUUCGUCCGAUCUCUAUGUCCUCGGCCUUGAGUAAGACUUUCUGCAGGAUUGUGUUGCAAAGAAGCAAGAAAUCGGUCAAGGCUCAGGGAUCGUGUCAGUGCUCAGGGCCACAAAAGCAGACCACGGACUACAUCUACUGUGUGCAUCAUCUCAUGGCGUUGGAGAGAGAGUGGAAAGGGGGGCUUGCCUUCCUAAAGGUCGAUUUGGAGAAAGCCUUUGAUCUGGUAAGUCGUCCCGCCCUGUCUGCCUUCCUCCGCGAGAGACUUGGUGAUAGUUAUGAGCUUCGCAUUUGGCAACAGCUCUUGGCGUCGAGGGUCGGGCUUGAAUCGCCCCUCUUCUUCGCCUGCUUAGCAGAGAUGACCGUGGAAAAAACAGCAGAAAGAUUCCACUGGACGAGAGAAGACCCCGCACUUCCUGGUUUACAUCUCAGCGAAGCCUUGUUUGUGGAUGACUCGAUCUUGUGGAACUCCUCGGUGUCUGACCUGGGGCUGAGAACGGAACAGUGGGCACAAACCUUGGCUGAGUGUGGUCUUCGGAUUAACAUCGAGAAGUGUGCCCUUUAUGUUAGCCCGUUUCAUCGUGGGGGGCGAAGCAUCACGGUGCAAGGGGUGACCCUCGAAUCCGGGGAACACCUUAAUGUCAUGGGGCUACAGCUCAGUGUGACGGGCACCACGUGUCGAAUGCUGGCAGGGCUGCUUGCGAGAGCUAGAGACACCUUCUGGAGCAUGAAAAAUCUUCUCUUGUCGGAUGCACCGAUACAUGCCCGGAUUCGACUCAUGCACAAGGUGGUGGGCGGGUGUGGACUUUGGUGUAUCUCCGCCUUCUUUCCAGAACAAUCGGCGCAGCACCUUGUGAACACUUUCCAGAUGCAGUUGAUCAUUAGCAUGCUGAAGAUUAAACGGGGCAACAUCGCAGGUGGAGCAGUGUAUGGUGUGAGAGACACUGGUUGUACUUGGGCCAUCUCGCCCGGUCUUUGCUUCAUGACCCGCCCCCCGCUGCUGGACUGGUCUGUGGACCCUGGCGAUUUUAUGCUCAAGAUCGAGCGAAGUGGGCAGACUUUCAUGUUGUGCCUCGGCCCUAUGUGCCGACAUGGCCUGGCCACCGUGAUGGUCGCCUUGGCCCUCUACGGCAUUCUCGCCCAUCCUCCUGAAGGACAUGGGCACGAUCAGCCGCUUUCUCAUGGUGAUGUACAGAAUACUCGAAAUGACACCAGUUUUGGGAACUUGGAAAAGCAGGACAAUGACCGCAAACAGGAUGGCCACUUGACCGCCCCUCUCUGUGAACUACCGGAACACUUGGAUGAACCAGGGGGCUCGGCAGCUACAGGCUCGGUGGACCAGGGGUCUGGCGAACGGCCGAGUGCGGAAGGUCUCCCCACCAGCUCCGAAGCAGAUGAUCCAACGGGAAUGCCGACUUCGGGACCUUUGCCAUCCUGCCCCUGCUCCUCUUCGGCAAGCUCAAGCACGGCCAUCCACUACCAGAUCGAGGAGACCCCUGCCAUCACUGCAGCCAGGCUACAGCGAGCCAAACGUAAGCGCAUCCUCAUGCGCACACUCGUGACGGACGAGACGGACUACUUCGUGCGGGAGGUGGAUGACAAGCUGGACCGAAUAGGGCAGGAGCACGGAAGUGAUGGGGUAAUAGCCGUGAGCAUGGAACUGAGGCUUGACAGCACUGCUACUGUGGAGGCCAAGGGCAACGGUUGCGGUCCAGAUCUGGGUGCAAGCACAUGCAAGUGCCUUGCUCUGAAGAGGGGUGGCGGCAUCAAUGGCGGGCGUGCAUUUGUGCAGGAUGUCUCCGUGUACCAAGAAGGUGACCUGGAUGCAGUUUUGGAGCACAGUGAGCGGGAUGAGCUCUCAUUUCUGAAGAGCUUGGGGAUCAUGCCUCCGCCCCCGAGAAAUCGCAUCCGGAGGAGCGGAAAAGAUGGCGAGGCUUACGCGACAGAGGAUGCAAACUACCUGGUGCAGCUACCCAAGGAUUUCCUGGCCAACUCCCAGGUCGCGGCAUCCGAGCUCAUCAUGGGUUCCGACGUCGUGGGUGGUGCGAAGACUAUCGGCUUUUUGGGCAGCGUUGCUGUCCUGGUAAACAAUUUGCUGGGACCUGGCAUCGCGAAUUUCUCUGGAAUGUACCAGCAAUCUGGAUGGCUGGUGCCGACCUCGUUGGUAGUGGUCUGUGUGCUGUCAAGUCUGGCCAGCAGCGCGAUGCUGCUAGCUUCCAUCCGGGCCUAUCCGGGCAAUAAGGACUACGACGUGCGAGUCGAGUAUGGAACCCUCUGCCGCCACUACCUUCCUCGCUCAGUCGCGGUGAUCUUUCAAGGUCUCUUCCAGCUGGCUAUGCUGUCUGCCAACGUGAGCAACAUCAUCCAGACAGCCCAGGUUUGCGACUACCUCUUCGUGGAUAUCGCCGGAGCGUCCUGCGCCAUCGAGGUCUUCCCGGACUUCGAAGUGCUUUGUCGGGCAUCGAGGUCCGACAUAACCCCUUUCGGAGCAGGGAAGCUGCUGAUAUCCGCUGGCAUGGUCACGGUCGCUGUCCUGAGCAUUCCGCUCGGAUACUGGAACUUGGAGGAUAAUGUCCGCGCCCAGAAUGCCGCCUUGCUUGUCAUUCUGCUGAGCAUCUCUUUGUGGGUGGGGAUCUUCUGUGCUUUGGGCUUGGAGGAAGAGCGCGUUCCGACAUUUGGCUCUUCCUUCCACAACAUGGGAGGAACUGUACUUUUCAACUUCAUGUUCGUCUCCACUUUGCCUUCGUGGGUGUGCGAGAAGAAACCGCACGUUCGGCCCAUGAGGACAAUCACUGCUGUGCUGAUGGUCGCCACGGUCGGCUACAUCCUUGUUGGGCUUCUGGGUGGCGUGGCUUUCGAACCGUUCUUCAACUCAAGCAACACCUUGCUCUCAGAACUUCAGCACAUUUCACCGGAGGCCCCGAGGACCCUGCGAAUUGUGGCGAAAUCGACGAUCCAGGCAUAUUCCAUUUCAGCGAACCUGGCUUCCAUCCCCAUCUUUUGCAUCCUCAUGCGCUACAACCUGCAGGAAGGCAUGGGAAUGAGCCGCUAUUGGGCAAGUGCCAUCGCCAUCCUGGUUCCCUUUGUUCUGGCCAUCGCCUUCUACUGCGGCCAGGGCUUUCACACCGCUGUAAACCUGUCUGGUACCUUCGUUUCCGCCCUGGUGAAUCUUAUCGCGCCGAGCCUUUUUUUCCUUUGCGCUUUGAGGCAGACAAGAGCUGCUCCUGAGGAGACAAAGUCCACGUCGCUUCGGCCAUCCUGGUCGACCAAUGCAUUCGACUGCCUCCAAUCCGGUCCUUCCGAGCCGAAGACGAUUUGGAGGUGUAUCGCGUGGACGAACCUCAUAGCCAUGCUCCUUCUGACCUUUGAAGCGAUGAUUAAUUAA